AUGGCUGCUGGAACGUCCGCCGUCCACGAGGCGCAAACGCUCGAGAGCACCGAUCCCCGGAAAGCCGAAGCCAUCUACAAGGACAUCAUCGCCAAGCCGCCCUCCGUCACCUCGGACGCCGCCAUCAAGGAGUAUGAGACCGCCCUGUUGAACCUCGGCGGCCUCUACCGGACCCAGAAGAAGCCAAAUGAUCUCGUCAACCUCAUCACAACCAGCAGGACCGUGCUGUCGUCGUUUGCAAAGGCCAAGACGGCCAAGCUGGUCCGCCAGCUGCUCGACCUCUUCCAAGACAUCCCCAACUCGACCGAAACCCAGAUCUCCAUCACAAAGUCAUGUAUAGAAUGGGCCACCUCAGAACGCCGCACCUUCCUGCGACAGAACCUCGAGACCCGCCUCGUCGGGCUCUACAUGGUCAAGCAGUCCUACUACGACGCCCUCACCCUCAUCAACGGGCUGCUGCGCGAGCUCAAGCGCCUCGAUGACAAGCUCGUCCUGGUCGAGGUCCAGCUGCUCGAGUCCCGCGUCUACCACGCCCUCGGCAACACGGCCAAGGCCCGCGCCGCCCUCACCAGCGCCCGCACCAGCGCCGCCUCCGUCUACACGCCCCCGCUGCUCCAGGCCAACCUCGACAUGCAGUCGGGCAUGCUGCACACCAUGGACCAGGACUUCAACACGGCCUACUCCUACUUCAUCGAGGCCCUCGACGGCUACUCGACCCAGGACGAGACCCCCAAGGCCACCGCCGCCCUGCAGUACAUGCUGCUGUGCAAGAUCAUGCUCAACCUCGUCGACGACGUCAACAACCUCAUGGCCUCCAAGCAGGCCCAGAAGUACGCCGGCCAGAACCUCGAGGCCAUGAAGGCCAUCGCCCGCGCCCACAGCAACCGCUCGCUCGAGGAGUACGAGCACGCCCUGGCCGCCUACAAGUACGAGCUCGGCAGCGACGCCUUCAUCCGCAACCACCUGCGCCGCCUCUACGACGCCAUGCUCGAGCAGAACCUGAUCAAGGUCAUCGAGCCCUUCAGCCGCGUCGAGAUCAGCCACAUCGCCCAGCUCGUCGGCCUCGACAACCAGCAGAUCGAGCGCAAGCUCAGCCAGAUGAUCCUCGACAAGGUCAUCAUCGGCGUGCUGGACCAGGGCGCCGGCUGUCUCAUCAUCUUUGACGAGACGCAGAGGGACGAGAGCUACGACGCGGCCCUGUCCACCAUCGACAAGCUGGGUAGCGUCGUAGACCUUCUCUACACCAACCAGGCCUCGAUGCUAGAGUAG